GCAACUGAACUAAGGAACGUUUACUUAACCUAAUUAUAGUACACCCUAGCUAACAUAAUUUAAACACUGUUUAAUGUUUUGGUUCUUUUGGUAAGCUAUCAUUUUACUUCCACUGGAGCCUAAAACAUGUCUCAAAGGACAUACAACCAACUCUGGGCAGACGCCCAGUUAGAGUUGAGCCGUCUUUUAGCCGAAGAACUACCUGCUGAGCCCCCUCGCCCACAAAGGGACAGGGUAGUGUUCUUCCAACGGUUGGCCAUGCUUUAUGUGCGCUACAUCCAAAUCUUCAGGCAGCUGGAGGAGGCCUACAACCUGGUGGUCCACCCUCAGAAGAGACGAUUUAUUAAAAAGAUCCUUGAUGGUGUAAUGGGGAGGGUGUUGGAGUUGAAGAAUGAAAUGGUGGAAAAUGAGUUUUCAGAGUAUCACUACAUGGAUGAUAUCCUUUUGGACUUGAAGCUCACACCUUCCCAACUCGAGAUCCCCAUUCCUUGCUAUUUUCUCGAUGAGCAGAGCAAAGAAGUUCAACAACGAAAGGGAAUGCUGAUGGAUAUUUUUAAAAUGAUGGAGUUUACUGACAGCACUGAUUCUCUAAUGGCCACGGACAUGACUGAAGAAAUGGCCAUUAAUAUCAUUCAAGUGGCAGAGAGGGCACGGCAAAGACGUCUGAGGGCAAAGUUAAAUGAAGAAAACAGAAAGAGGACCAGGAGGCACAGGACAGAAACCACUGGAACAGUUGGCACUGAGUUGGCUGCUAUCUGCAUUCAGAAGGUAUGGAGAGGUUACAUACAGAGGAAGAGGACAAAGAUUGCCCGAGAUGAAGAGAUGAUUUUUCUGGGAAUGGCAAUGGAUCCAAAGUAUCUGGAACCAUGUCCUGCAGAGAUCAUGGCCCAAGCCAAUGAAGCUUUCACCCGGCUUAAAAAAGAGGAACACGAAGAAGCUUACCAGAAGUCUCUAUUGAAUAUCACAAACCGGCUACGUGAAAUAGAGGGUCAUGAAAUGAGCAAGAACAUGAAAAAACAGAUUCAGCAGUGGUUCUUAAAUUACCGUGAAGAAAAAGGAGUAUUUCCAGACUACCCAGAUGAAGAGGAUGGAGGUUCAGCCCUUAUUUUUGCUAAAAAGAGCAUUCAGCAGGUACAAUAUGAAUUUUAUCAAUGGUAUGAGUCCCUAUAAAAACUGUCGGGGUUGUUGUGAAUAAAGUCAGGUAUAUGUUUUUAGGUAAACGAAGACACUGAUUCAGAAGAAGAGGAAGAUUCCAAAAACAAAUCAAAAGGGAAAGAAGAAAAGAAGGAAAAAGGAAAACAGGACAAGACAAAGGGGAAAGAUGAUGAGGAAGAUGAGGAGGCCGGGCUGAAGAUGCUGCCAUCUGCUUUCCUAUCAGAGUUAGAAGAAGGAAAUAAAACUUUCUUUGAGUUUUGGAAAACCCGUGAUGAGUCCAACAAUUUCAGCCAAAAACAUGAGGUGGAGCUGAUCAAAGAAGAAAAGAGAAAAGUCAUUGAGGCAGAAAUUCGAAUACAGGUAGAUGAACAGAUGAGACAAGUGUUGGCUGAACUGAAGCUUUCUGUAGAUAAAGACAAAGGUGGUAAAGCAAAAGCAAACGCCAAGAAAAAGAAAGGAUCUAAGAGUGGGAAGAAGAAGAAAAAGGAAAAAGAUCUGACAGCUGAUAGUACUCUUGAGUCUCUGUGUCAGGAGCUGGUGGAACAGGGCUUGUUGAAGCUGGUCAAUAACGUCAGGCUGCGAGAUUACUUGGGGGAUUAUAACUAUCUUGGGACCACACUGAGGCAAAAUGACAUUGAGCCCAUGCCAUCAUUAUCAGAUGUACGACAAGUCUUAUCGCUGUAUGCUGUGUUACCAUUAGGCUCUCAAGUUGUACAUGAGAAGGCUCCUUUGAUCAAAUCCAUCCUACUGGUAGGGCCUGAAGGUGUAGGUAAGAAGAUGCUGGUUCAUGCAGUUUGCCAGGAAACAGGUGCCUGCCUGUUUGAUCUGUCCCCUCUAAACACAGCAGGAAAAUACCCAGGCAAGAGUGGCCUUGCCAUGAUGCUUCAUAUGGUGUUUAAGGUUGCCAGACUUCUGCAACCAUCAGUAAUAUGGAUUGGAGAUGCAGAGAAAAUGUUCUACAGGAAAGUUCCCAAGGAAGAAAAAGAGUUAGAUCCUAAACGACUGAAGAAAGAUUUGCCGAAGUCUCUCAAACUGAUCAAAGGAGAGGAUCGUGUCCUGAUAAUAGGAACAACCAGAGACCCACUAAGUGCUGAUAUCAAGUCAUUGUGUAAAAUAUACAACAAAAUCAUCCUUAUCCCAAGACCUGACUACGGAUCAAGAUUAAUCUUGUGGAAGCAACUCAUCACAAAAAAUGGAGGUGAGAUAACCAAGGCCUUGGAUCUUAGCUCUCUCGCGAAGAUAACGGAUGGCUACACACCUGGUCACAUGGUUCAAGUGAUCCAGCGUGUUCUUACCAAACGUCGCGUCCUACAGCAAGCAAAGAGACCGUUGACUACUGCUGAAUUUAUCCCCCCAUUAGCCAAGAUUGACCCCAUCAUGAAGGUGGAGGAAGAGGCACUGAAGAACUGGUAUGCACAGACCCCUCUGGGAAAGAAACGAAUCAAAGCUGCCACUGGAAGGGAAGAGGAAAAAACACCUGUUAAAGGAAAAGAUGCAAAAAAGAAAGGGAAAAAAUAGAUUUGUUUUCAAACUUUUGUCUCCACCUUUAGUGAAACUUGCAAUAUUUCCAAAAAUA